GUAUUAUUAGCACAGGAAGAGGGUUCAGAGACAGUGUUGUACUUAGAAAAGGCUGCGUCACUAGAAUCAACAUAUUGGGGAUUUUCUUUCAACACAGAAACUAAUUCACGGUCUCUAUAUAAAGGAAUGCUAGAAGUUCAUCACAUAUACUCUCACCCUCUCAUGUGGUUUAUCACACCUUGAGAAUGAUGAUCCUCCUGAAGGUUUCGUUACUGCUUCUGCUGCUGUGUUGUGCUGUGCAACUUACUUCAGCUGGUCCUCAGGCAGUUGAGUCUGCAAACGGUGUCUGCUGCUUUGAAGAAACCCGUUCCAGAAUACCACUGAGACGGCUGAAGUCUUAUUACUGGACAAAUAGCAGUUGCCCCUACACUUACAUUGUGUUCGUAACAACUAAGAAGAUACAUCGCUGUGUGAAACCUGAUAAUAAGUGGGUCCAGCUGUACAUAAACCACAUAGACAAGAAAAGUGCUUCAGAUUCACCAAAAUAAAACUUGAAGCUACAUCUACAUAGAUACACACACACACACACACACACACACACACACACACACACACACACACACACACACA